AUUGGAAGAGUUUGGACAAUAUCAAUGAGAAAAUCCUGAUAGCGUUGCUCAAAACGCAAUAUCCGGUUGACCUUACAGAGUUCAUUUCCGCAAAGAUUGAAAGAUCACACACGUGUACUAUGAGCUGAUGUCGAUAAUGCACAACAGCCUUAGUCAGUAACUGUCUCAGAACUAGAGUCAAACACGUUGCUUAAAAGUACGUAUAAUCAAAAUGAAAAUGAAACCAUGGGCUUUGAUAAUGACUUGAGAAGCUGUCGCCCUGUUACUCAGUCAGUUGACUUAGCAGAAGUAUAUCUCCCCUCACACCAUGCACUUCCAUAAACACACAAUUUCUCCUGUUUCAGUCAUAAUGACAAUAAUAAAAAGACAAACCAUUCACACAGCACGAUAUACAUAAUCAAUAUUCCAACACUUCAAUAGAGUGGAUUGCCCAGGGCAACAUCCUGUUAACCCGAGUCUCCAGCUGUGGCUACAGGGAAGUUAGUUAGAGCCAGUGUUUGAGAUAACUCACCGUAUAUAUUUUCCAGAUCCAAACAGUAAUAUUUAUUUGAGGUGUUAGCAAGCUAAUUGUGAGCUGUUAGUUUUGGAAGGAUCUUGGCAACAUGGAAGUGUUGGAUGUGGAUCCUGUCAAGUCAGCAAAUGACAAGAAGAAUUACAGAAUUAUUCGUCUUAAGAAUGGCAUAAGAGUGAUGUUGGUGUCCCACCCCACACCAGAGGGGUAUUUGAUGGACAUUGGGGAGUCUAGCAGUGAGAGCGAGAGUGAAAGCGAAAGUAGUGGCAGCAGUGGUGAGGAGGAGAUGGAGAUUGAUAUACCAGAAGGCAAGAAGAAGGAGGGCAAUGAGAAGAAGUCAGCAGCAGCCCUCUGUGUUGGUGCAGGCAGUUUCUGUGAUCCAGACGACAUUCCAGGAUUUGCUCACUUUCUUGAACACAUGGUGUUUAUGGGCAGUAGUGUCUACCCAGAGGAGAAUGAUUUUGAUGAUUACCUUGGCAAACAUGGCGGAGAUUCAAAUGCUUGUACUGAUUGUGAAAUGACAACAUUCUAUUUUGAAAUCCAGCGUAAAUAUUUCCGGAAGUGCCUGGACAAACUUGCCCAUUUCUUCAUCUCUCCGCUGUUGAAGAAGGAUUGUGUGGACAGGGAGAUAGAGGCAGUUGACAGUGAGUUUCAGAUGACAACUUCCAGUGAUAAUGACAGGGUAAAUGAACUGAUAUCCAAGACUGCUAAGAAGGGCCACCCAAUGUCAAGGUUUAUGGGAGGUAAUGCUAAGUCUUUGAAGACUGAUCCUGAAAAGAAGGGUAUGGACAUCUAUGGUCGGGCUGUAGACUUCUAUGAGAAGAUGUACUGUGCCAACUACAUGACCCUCGUGCUGCAGUCAAUGGACAGCCUUGACACACUACAAGAAUGGGCAGUGGAUAUAUUCUCAGAUAUUCCUUACAGUGACAACAUACCUCGGCCCUCAUUCAGCCAUUUGAAGGAUCCAUUUGACACUGCAGGUUUCAAGAAAUUUUACCGAGUUGUACCUAUGGAGAACAAUCACAAACUUGAGAUAUCCUGGUCUUUGCCAUCUUUGGUAGACAAGUACAGGCAGAAGCCACAAGAAUAUUUGUCAAUGCUGAUAUUACAUGAAGGAAAGGGAAGCAUACUUUCAUAUCUCAAGAAAAACCUGUAUGCCCUGGCCAUGAUGGGGGGCAGUGACAGCGAUGGGUUCGGCCACAACUCUACAUGGUCUCUCUUCUAUGUCAGCAUCACACUUACAUCCAAAGGCCUGCACAAUAUACUACAGGUGUGCAAUGCUGUCUUUGAGUACAUCCUAAUGCUGCAGAACCAAGGCCCACAGCAAAGACUGUACCUGGAACUGCAGCAGAUUGAGGACUGCAAGUUCAGAUGGAAGGAAGAGGGGGAACCAAUGGAAGAUGUUCAAGAGAUAGCUGAGAGCAUGCAGACAUACACACCAGAGCACUACCUCACUGGCAGGAACCUGCUGUUUGAGUAUGACCCACAGUUGAUUAGUGACUGCACAAAAUAUCUUGGACCAGACAAGGCAAACUUUGUUCUGCUGUCUACAGACAAGUCUGUCAUAGGUGAAACAGACUGUGAGGAGGCAUGGUAUAACACCAAGUACAAUGUAACAGAAGUUGAUUCUGAAUGGAGAAAGACAUGGGAAAAUCUGAAAGAAAACCCAGAAUUGUUUUUUCCUGAACCAAAUAUUUAUAUAGCCACUGACUUCACAUUGCACCCAUCGAGUGAAGAUACUCCAAAGCUCCCCUACCCAGUAGUGGACAAUGAGUUCUGCAAGAUGUGGUUCAAGAAAGACAGCAAGUUCAAUGUUCCUAAAGGCUACACAUACCUUCAUCUGAUGAGUCCAGCAGUGUCUGAAUCUCUGGAGAAUGCCACCCUGAAUGACCUUUUCAUCAACAUCCUGCUGAACAUCCUGACCGAGGCAGCCUACCCUGCCGUCCUGGCCGGAUAUGAGUACUGGGUGGAGGGGUUUCCUACCGGCAUCGUCAUCAGCAUGGAGGGAUUUAGUCACAAGAUGCCUCUGUUGUUCCGGUGUAUGGUCGACCAUAUCGCUGACUUCGUGUGUAGCCCAGAGUUGUUUGAAGCCAUCAAGACACAGUUACAGAAGGCAUUCUACAAUGAGAUGAUCAAACCUUUUGAAUUGGCAAGAAUGUUGCGGUUCGCCAUGUUAGAUCCAAGUACCCAGGCACUACCCGACCGGUACCGUCUGAUUUCAGACCUGACUCUCCCCCAGCUCACAGCCUUCCUCAGCAAAUUCAAGAGUCAACUUUUCAUUGAAGGAUUUGUUAUAGGGAAUUUCCGACCUGAGGAGGUGACUGAGAUGGCGGACUACAUUCAGAAGAGACUCUGCUCACAGCCACUUCCGACAGAGCGUAUACCCAAGAAACUGUUGCUACAGUUACCUACUGGCCAGCUGACCUGCCGGGUGGAGAGCGUCAACAGGGACGACUGUAACUCCUGCAUCACCGACUACUACCAGUCUGAACCAGGCAACCUUAGGAAGUCUUGUAUCAAUGAACUACUGCUGACACGGAUGAAAGAACCCUGUUUUGACUUUCUACGAACCAAACACCAGCUGGGCUAUAGUGUCUUCUGCUACUCCAUGGUGACCAAUGGCAUUCUGGGAUUGUCUGUUACUGUGGAGAGCCAGUCAAGCAAACACAGCAUGAAUGAUGUGCAGAAGCUGAUGGCAGACUUUCUUGGGGAAUUCCGAGGAAUUCUUCAUGCAAUGACUGAGGAAGAGUUCGACAGCUUGGUUGAUUCCUUGAUCACAAACAAGACAAUUGAGGACACGCAUCUUGGGGAGGAGGCGACUCGACUCUGGAGGGAGAUCCACGACAAGUCCUACGUGUUUGAUGUGCUGGAGAAGGAGAUUGCGAUACUGCAGACUGUGACACAAGAUGAACUCAAGGAGUGGUAUAACCAGUACAUAGAUGCCAGACAGAGGAAACUCAGCUUGCAGGUUGAAGGGAAGACAGACAGCAAUGAUGUACCCACAGAAAACAAGGGCGGGGAAGGUGAACCAGAUGUGCCUGAGAAGGAAGCACAAGCUCUGGUGUUCCUGCAGCCAGAGGUUAAUGGGGCCACCUUCAUCACAGACAUACCUCACUUGAAGCAAGGACUUGCUCAGUUCCCAUACACAACAAUCUCAUUGUGACAGAACCAGUCGUUUAGGCAGUUUUAAAGCAUCUGUGAUCCUAUUUUACUUUUAAUGUCAACAAUGAGGGACUUUUCUGUUAUGAAGAGCUCAAGGUUUAUUUAUGUCUUGAUAUGCAACUGAACAACUGCAUUGUCAUACAUGAUCGUUAAAUUUCAUGAUGAAAUGAAAAAGAUGUGUGCUAGUACGCAGUGCUUCUGUAUCACCCAUUUGUUGAUAUUUACAUUUGUUGGAGCUGUCCCAGAGUCCAAUUGCCCUCAAUUGUAGUUAUUCUUGGUGGCCUAUGCGUCGAAAUGGCUAGAAAAGUGCUAAAAGUGGUUCAAAACCUACUUGCUCACCAUUUUCACUGUAUGAGUUGCAUCUGGUGUUGGUUUCCUUCCAACAUUCCUUCUGAAGGUGAUGAAGCAGUGAUACCAUGCAUGGAUCACUGUGAGGUGUUGGAAAGUCUCAUAAAUUUACCCAUCCCCUGUUAGCCAGUAUGUUUUAUCUUCAUUCAGAUAAAUAC